AUGGGCUCAGCACCUUCCAAGGACGACGACAAGAGACCGACGGUUGAGCAGCCGACACCGCCGGCGGCGGAGCAGGAGGAUGAUGAGCCUGACGAGUGGGACAAGCGUAUUUUCAGCACCGGCUGCGCAGAGGAAAAUGCAAAGUUGACCGACUGUUACUACGAAAAGAAGGACUGGAGGCAAUGCAAGGAAGAGAUGGAGAUGUUCAAACAGUGUUGGAAGAUGCAGGGCAACGAUAAGCGGACUGAUAGCAAAGAUGUCUGA